AUGGAAUCCGCACGGGGUCGCCGUAAAGCGCCGCCGGCAUCGUUGGACAUGUCGGGCACAAAGCUAUUUCAGCCCGCGAUCUCAGUCGUGAAAGAACGUCAAUCUGCCACUACCGACUUCUAUGACACAGACUUUGAAUAUAGCGACACAGACGAGGAGUCACCCCGCAGGAGCAUGGGAUCUUUCGGUUACGACAGUGUCUCGUCUGCGUCCACGCCGGAAUUGCCUACUCCUGAGAAUGAUGACAGACAGCCAUUCUCAUUCCGGCGUGACUCUACCAAGGGCCCAUCAGGUCCCCACCUCUUCAGGACAUCGAUGGCUUCAGCUACUUCCGUGCCAUCCACCGAGAUUGACCUCUAUUUCGAGAGAUCACCCAAUCAAUCUCACUUUCAGUCCGAUGUCGAAACCCCACAAUUUCCUUUGUCUACAGCUGCCACACCGCACAUCGCCGUGUCGGCUAUUCCGACCCCUAAUUACCCUGCAUCGGAGCAAGCGGCGGUUUCGGCUAGGUUUCCACCUUCCGAGCAAUCUCUGCCUUCAGCAAGGUACCCUCCAUCAGAGCAAUCCCUGCCUUCGUCAAGAUUUGCACCCUCAGAGCAGUGUUUGCCUUCGUCGAGACUCGCCCCUUCUGAACAAUCCAUGCCUUCAGCAAGGUAUCCUCCAUCAGAGCAAUCUUUGGCCUCGUCGAAAUUUGCCUCGACAGAAGAUUCUCUGCCUUCAUCGAGGUUUGCCCCCUCUGAGCAGUCUAUGCCAUCAGCGAGAUAUGCUCCCUCGGAGCAAUAUGUCUCUUCCGAGCAGUAUGUCUCUUCCGAGCAAUACACAACCUCCGAGCGAUAUGUCAACUCCGCACAACAUACCUCUAUGAGCACAGAGAGUACACAAUUUGCUCCAUCUAAUGUGCCAACUUCUAACAAGAUCCCGUUCUCGCCUUGUACGCCUCAAGGUUUUAUGACUGUGCAUCCCGAUGUAUCACAGGUUGAUGAGUACGAAAUUCGGAAUUGGUCGCCUAGUCAAGUCGCACACUGGAUGCACAUCGGUGGUUACGACGGCAGUGUGAUCGAGAAAUUCAUGAUUAAUGACAUCUCCGGAAACGUGCUUCUCAAUCUUCAGAUAGAUGAUCUGAAGGAACUAGAUAUUCAGUCAUUUGGAAAACGUCAUCAACUCAUGGCUUCAAUCAAUCAUCUACGUGACACAAUGCUGAGGAGACCUGCCUCGGGAGGCCGGCAAUCACCCGACCGCCGUUCGUAUGCAAUGACUGUCUCCCCUACCGGUGAAGUGGUCACCCACGGACCUCCCAACGGAAAUCAGCUCACGGAGGCGGAAGCCGUCUCGAUUGUGGGCAUUGAACAGGUCCUACCCAAGCCGCAUAACUGCUCCAAGGGGGAGAACUGCCCGAAGUACCGCAGGUACAUGCGUCAAAUGGAGAAGCUUAGUGCGGAAUAUCCAGGCGCUAUGCUUGUUCCCGGGGGACGGAUUGUUACCGGCAACCCUGGCAACCCCGAGACUGCAGCAAAUAUGCUGCGACCCAGGUCUGACGCGGAGCCUUCUGUGGUUGCCUCGUCAGAUGUUCUCGGGCCUCAGCCUACUCCACGAUUGUCUGAGGAAGCCCUCAGUGGGGUGCAGAAACUUGACCCUCAUGAGAAGAUGCGUCAAUACUUCAGCUAUCAGCACAUCGAUCCCCCAUCUGGAUCUGAUUCGGAGCCAGAAAUGUACCCCGAGGAGGAUACACCAGUUGAAGCGGCACCCGUCAUGCCGCCACCUCCCCCACGGACAAACAAUAUGACCGCCAACCUCCGCAAUCUUCCCAAACUUCAAAUUCCGACAGACUACGACUCUGACGACAUUACAACUGCCGUUACUACUCAACGGACGAUCACCCCGUCCAUGGCGAAGGGAGCAUAUGGUUCACCGACGGCGGUUCAGCAAUAUGGACCGUUCAGCAACGCACGGCAGAUGCAGUCUGUCGAGUGCUUGCGACGAGGAACCCCGUUCACUGAGGUGGACGUUCCCGUCACAGCCGAGCCUGUGGGACCUAUUGCUCGCGAGACGUCCCAGUCUGUCCCUCCAGAUAUGCGCUACGGAAAUCUCAUGCAACAGCAGCGCUACCGCUCAGCCACGCGCUCUCCUGCGGUGCAUCGCCAGGCCAGCAUGUCCUUGCGCCGUGUCAAGGAGAACAAGCCGUUGACUCCAAUUGAGGACCCGUCCGAUCUGAGACGCAGCCCACGCAUUGGCCACAAGCUGGGUAAUAAUACAAUGGUCGCUUCGGUUGACCCUGAUGUGACCCGCAGCGGCUAUAUGAAGAAGCGGAUGCCAGCCCGCUUUCUCCGACACGACUGGCAUGAGGCACACUUCACUCUUCGGGGAACCAAUCUGGAGAUGCACCGAGAUGAGCUUGCUGCCCUUCGACACUCCAAAGCCUUGGAAGAGAUUGAUGUUGACGAGUACGCCGUCGCCUGCUCGUCGCUGGCCUCGAGCUCCAAGCUUACCGCUGCGCUCAAGAAAUCAAUCCUGCGCAGCGGACACAACCUCAAGGGCGAAGACGCAGCGUUCAACUUUUCUCUUGUUCCCGCGUCAAAGGAAGGCCAGAGGAAGAUGCUCUUUGGCAGCAAAGAUGUCAAGCCACACCACUUUGCGGUCAAAACUCGCGAUGAGCGCAUCGACUGGAUGCGAGAUAUGAUGCUUGCCAAGGCCCUCAAAAAGGGCCGUGAUGAAGGUUAUGAGGUGCGCCCUGAGGGCAACUUCAUUUAA